AUGGCCUCAUCGGUUGCCGCAUCUCCUCCCCUUUGCGUGCUUCUUUUCUUGCUUUCUCUUCGGCCUCAUCCAACCGCUUCCUAUACAUCCUUCGUCUUCGGUGACUCCCUCGUGGACACCGGAAACAAUAACUAUCUCUUCACGAUAUCCAAAGCCGACUCUCCACCCUACGGCAUCGACUUCGCGCCUUCCGGUGGCCAACCCACGGGAAGAUUCACCAACGGGAGAACCAUAAUUGACGUCAUUGUUCAAGGUCUGGGGGACAGCUCCUUUCCUCCACCAUAUUUAGCUCCAAAUGCCAGCAGCAGCAGCACAAUUUUUGUUGGUGUCAAUUAUGCUUCGGGUGCUUCAGGGAUCUUAGACGAGACGGGAUCCUUAUUUAUUGAGAGAAUACCCUUGGGCAAGCAGGUGCAAUAUUUUGAGGAAACCAGAGAUUACCUAGUGGGGACUCUGGGAGAGAAUGCCACAGGUAAGUUCUUAAGGAAUGCCGUCUUCUCAAUCAUAGCAGGAUCCAAUGACAUCUUGAACUACCUUGAGCCCUCCAUACCUCUCUUUGAGAAAACAAAGCUUCCCCCUGUUGCCCUUCAGGAUAUGAUGGUCUCCAACUUGACCCUGCAUCUUAAGCACUUGCACGAGCUCGGGGCGAGAAAGUUCGUCGUGGUCGGGGUUGGACCUCUCGGAUGCAUACCAUACAUUCGAGUUAUCAAGUUGGUGGCAGAUGGGAGGUGCUCAUCGGCUGCAAACCAGCUGAUCCAAGGCUACAACAUGAAGUUGAGCAGGAGGAUUCAGGAACUGAAUGAAGAGAUGGGUCCUGAAACUGUAUUCGUGUAUGCAAAUUCCUACGACAUCGUAAGAGAACUGAUGCAGAACUAUCUUCGAUAUGGGUUCGAGAAUGUAGACGACCCUUGUUGUGGUCUCAGCUUCCCCCCACUGCUCUGCUUCGGACAGCAUGAUGGCAAUUCGAGCUCUGUUCUCUGCAAAGAUCGAGCUAAGUAUGUGUUUUGGGAUGCAUACCAUCCAACCGAAGCUGCCAACAUUAUCAUCGCAAAUAAACUUCUCGAUGGCGGUGCGACUGCUGCCACUCCUUUCAACCUACGGAGAUUGUACACUAGUCGAUCCUAA